AAAUAGUCGAUCCACCAAUUGCGAAGAGACCGAGACCAAACCCGAGCUAAAACAGUGAAAAAUCAGCAUCGCAGAUUUGUUAGCACAACGCAAUUAUGGCACACCUAUUGGAAAAUCAAUUGUUCAAUGCGGCGAAGACGAUCGAGCAGCAGCUGGACCAGCAGCUCGACCGCUUGGACAACCUGGACUCUGACGACUUGAAGGUGUUGCGCGAGCAGCGCCUACGUGAGUUAAAAGAGCUGAACAACAAGAAGCAAGAGUGGCUCAGAAAUGGGCAUGGCACCUACACGGAGCUGGCCGAUGAGAAAGAGUUCUUCGAGGUGUCGAAAAAGUCACCCAAUAUUGUGUGCCACUUCUACAGAGACAGCACCGAGCGCUGCCGCAUCGUGGACAUGCACCUGAAGACCCUGGCGGCCAAGCAUGUGGAGGCCAAGUUCUGCAAGGUGAACGCCGAGAAGAGCCCAUUCCUGACGCAGCGCCUGCGCAUCAAGGUGAUACCCACCAUUGCCCUGGUGAAGGACAGCAAGACGAAGGACUUUAUUGUGGGCUUCAGCGACCUGGGCAACUGCGAUGAUUUCUCCACGGAGAUGCUCGAGUGGCGCAUCGCCCACUCGGCCGUGAUUGACUACAAGGGCGACCUGAUGCAGCCGCCAGAUGUGAAGCGCAAGCCGUACAUGAACCGCCCCCAAAAGACAAUACGUGGCGGCUACGACUCCGAUGACUCUGACAUCGAGCUGGAUGACUAACUGCAGCCACCCAUUCCGUAACCUUAAGCCCAAAAGUCCCAGCCCCACACACACAGAAAAAGCCCACACGUACUCACCACAGUAACCUAGCAGUUGCUUGGCGCCUGAAACAAAUCUGAAAGAAAACAAACAAGCAAACAAAACACAAAUCAAAACCUAGCACAUGGAUCUAAACCAAUUAGGCAUACUCUUUAGAAGUUAUUUAUUUAGUAUUACGUGUUUAUGAACAGUCUGCUGCCCUGCCCUGCCCCCUCUCCACCCACUCUGCACAUUCAUUAGAAGUAUUCGGUUGCCUUUUACCCCCAAACCCACACUCUAGCGAGCUUAAAAGUAACCUAAUCUUAAUUGUACACCCUAUGAAAUGAAGUUUAUAAAGCCUGCCCGAAUUACGCACGAUUAUGUAAA